GGCGAAUCUGGAGGGCGAAGCUGCGGUGGAGCAAUCACAAUAGGACUGUCAGAGAGGAGGCGAGCCGGAAGGAAGAUGGAAAGGCGGGUGGGAGCCUCAUCUCUGGACUCCACCGCCGCAGCCCGGUCAAGCCGCUCCGCCCAGGCUCAAAUCGGACUCCUAACUCCGCUGGGUGCCUGAGACGACGCGGCAGGCGGAGGGGUGGUAAUGAGGGGACGGGGACGCGGCGGGCGGGUGGGGCAGCCUCCCGGCUGGGCACGCCUCCACGCCAGACUUGACACGAAGGAAACCGGAACCUCUCUGCCGGGGGUGCCAGUUUCCGGAAGCAGCUUGAGUCUGGACGCCAACGUCGGCGACGCUGGGAAACAGACUUCCGGCGCCAUAUAGUUUCACCAGGUAUCUGCGGCGAGCUAGCGGCGGCGGCGGCGGCAAUGAGACAGAAGCACUACCUUGAGGCUGCAGCGCGGGGACUGCACGACAGCUGCCCGGGCCAAGCCCGCUAUCUCCUCUGGGCCUACACUUCGUCGCACGAUGAUAAGAGCACUUUUGAAGAAACGUGUCCAUACUGUUUCCAGUUGUUGGUUCUGGAUAACUCUCGAGUGCGUCUCAAACCCAAAGCCAAGUUGACACCCAAAAUACAGAAACUUCUUAAUCGAGAAGCGAGAAACUAUACACUCAGUUUUAAAGAAGCGAAAAUUGUGAAAAAGUUCAAAGAUUCCAAAAGUGUAUUGUUGAUCACUUGUAAAACAUGCAACAGAACAGUGAAACAUCAUGGUAAAAGUAGAAGCUUUCUAUCAGCAUUGAAGAGCAAUCCUGCCACUCCUACAAGUAAACUCAGCCUGAAGACACCAGAGAGAAGGACUGCAAACCCAAAUCCUGACAUGUCUGGUUCCAAAGGCAGGAGUCCAGCAUCGAUUUUCAGAACACCUACGUCUGGACAGUCAGUAUCUACUUGCUCCUCAAAGAAUACAAGCAAAACAAAGAAACACUUCUCUCAACUGAAAAUGUUACUUAGUCAGAAUGAGUCCCAAAAGAAUCCAAAGGUGGACUUCAGAAAUUUCUUAUCUUCUCUGAAGGGUGGACUUUGAAAAUAAGAAGUGCCUGAUGUCAAUUCUGAAACUAAAGUAAAACAACUUUUUAAACUUUUAGUUUUUGAAUACGUGGAAACUAGAUCUGAAUGCAAACUUUUCUUGGCAUCCUUCAGUGUUUAUAGGGAAAGUACCUCAUUAGUAUGAAUACCUGAAACCUGCCUACCUCAUAGGAUGGCUGUGAGGAUCAAAAAAUAUAUGAAAGUUCCUUGUAGAUAUAUAUCUAUAGAUAUGUAUGUGUAUGUAUAUAAAGAUAUAUGUGUACAUUGA